UAGACAAGUAGAAUAUUUAAUGGUAAAAACCAAAACCAUUCGAGAAAAUAUAUACCGUAUGAUGUAACAUUACAACAACCAUUCUGUAUAUUUAAGAAAAAUAGAACUAGCACUCAUUUUGUGAUCUUCUUUGGCAGAACAGAACAAUUUAUAUAUUGAGAAGCACAUACAGUACACACCGUAUAUUUAAAGACAUGUAAAAGAAGCAAAGAAGACAACAAGUAUUAACUAUCAUUAAUUUGUAGGAUAUGAUAAUUAUGAUCCUUAAAAAAGCUGACGCUACCUGUAAAAAGCUCCUCAUGUGUCCCCCUGCCAACAAGUUCCAACAUCAUUAAUCAUCAUCAUCAACCCAACCUCCUCCGACCAACCGGUAACCGGUAAACGCCGGUCAACUCUCCCUGCUUUAACUACAGUACGACCCCGGUCACUGUUUUUUUGUUCACACUCUCUUAAACAAUGCAUGCCCUCACCAACUCCGGCGCCGUACUUCUCGCCGUUUUACUCUUCUUCCUCCUCAUCCUUGUCGCCGAACUCUCAUACAUCUUUUGUCGCCGCACCGGAUCUUUACCGUCUCCGGCAAGUCAAGAGAUGGAGGAGCAUGCUGUUGCUGCUGCGGCGCUGGAGGAGGAUGUGACGGCUGCGGACAAGUGGCGAGUGUCGAGGCUUUUGUUCACAAUCGAGGAAGAGGAUUUGGAUCAAUUGGAAGAUGAUAAUGAUGAUGUGGCCUCUGUGGAAGUAGAUACUGAUGGCGAACUCCGAGUUGACGUUCCCAUGGAAUAUUCCGGCGAUCCAACACCGUUCUUGACGCCGUGCGACUCUCCUCCGUACUUCACUCCUUCGCCAUCUCCUGGUCGGGAU